UUAAUCUUGCUUGAUAAGGAAAAAUACUUCAAUAGCAAAACAAAAGUGAAAAAGUUAAUAUUAUUCGAAAAUAUAAAUAAAAUAAGUUUGUUGGAUCUUCAGAGGAAUGCUGAAUGAAUUUUGUCUUUGCAAGGAACGAUUGAUAAGAAAGCAAAUAAAACUAAGUUCACUAUGCUGCGUUGUAAACAAACAUACUUCAGUGGUGCAGUAGGCGAAAAUCCUUUUCACCUGCAAUUCCUAAACAAUAACCUGAAACAUGUGUCCGAAUCGUCUGCAACUCACUGCCCAUCCAACUGAAAUCGCCGCCUUCUUUGCGUCAUUUUGUUUAUUUCCAAUUGCGUCGAUUUCCAAAAUAUAUUCCGAUGAUCCCUUGGAUGCGCGCUAGGUGGGCGGCGCGCAGCAAACGAACCACCAGUGAAGAUAAAGCUGAUGCUACAGAAGCCGCUUGUAGCAGAACAGGACGAGACAGAAUACGUGCCACAAGUACCAAUUCGACUCCUACUGCGACUACGGCUACCAUUGCUUGCGAGCCACAUAUUAAGCAUGGUGUUUCACCCGCUCGUCACACUGCGCCGCCACAACGUCGAAGUCGCAGCGCGAUGCCGACAUCACCUUCACGCAGCGGCAUCCAGACUGGAACGCGCGUUGCACAUACGACGAUAAUGCAGUCUCUAUCACAGUUGCAGCAGCUGCAACAUUCUAGUCCACUGAUGACGCCACAGUCACGCAGAGUGCCAAAAAUAAGGGGCUCACGUCGUUCAUCGGGUCUCUCGGGCACAGAUUCUGCUACGGCUGGCUCCACCGAUAACAUCGAUCGAAAUACCCCCAAACAAAUCAUCAGAGUGCGCGUCGUUUGUCCAAGUGCACGUAUACUUAUUUUCGAAACAGAUGUAAGUAAACGAAUCACAGAGCUUAAAAACGAGGUAAUGCUGGAGUUAUCGGACGAUCCCGCCGCCAUGCCACUAUUUGCGCCGGAUGUCCGGCAGCUCGGACCACGUUAUCGCAUCAUGCGCGCGGAAUAUCAGGGUGCCGAAUUAAAUGAAACUAUGACGCUUGCGCAGUUGAAAAUUGAGGACAACUCCAUGCUGUUGUUGGUGCCACGGCGACAAAAUCUACAACAAAUGACUGCCGUAACGCGCGAGAUUCAACCACCGCGUGAAAUGGAAAUCAAUGCCGCCACGCGUAAUAUUCUGCCGCAUACAAUCGAUAUGCCCAUGGUGGACAUCAAUGAGAUAUUUCAGCAAUCGAAUCUGCAAUUCGAUGUUCGCAAAGUGCUCAUAUCCUUGGCGCAAGCGUCUGCGGCGAUCAUAGGCGCUGGUCCGUAUGCGACACGACUGAUUUCGAUGCUGAAACAAAAGCUGAUCAACAAACGAAACUAUCAGAAUGAUACACUGCAGUGCCUUGUAGAUAUGGGUUUUAAAAAGGAGAAAGCGGAAUAUGCGCUUAAGAUCAAUCAAGGUGUUUACUCAGCGGCACUAGAAUGGCUCAUACAACACCAAAGUGAGGAGGGUUCGAUGGAGGAGACAGCCAUGAGUUUACAGAAGAGUUUAUCAGUGCUCUCACCUUCGGGCAUAAUCACUAAUGACAGCAUUGUUGAAAACACCGAAGCAUUACUAGAGAUAGUGCGCAUUUAUAGUCAUCGCGAUAUACCACCAACGCCGGAAACUAUUAGUUCAUUAGUGGAAAUGGGUUUCGAGGAGACCGAAGUACUGCAAGCUUUGAAGAAGACUUGCAACAAUAAAGCAGCGGCAUGUGAAUGGUUGUGUGGAAAUCGUACUGGUAGUUUGAUCGAACUGCGUGAAGGUCUAUCACAAGAUUCGCCAAUACUCAAAGCCAUACUUGAUAUGCCGCAAGUCCAAAUGAACUUAAGUAAUCCAAAAAUACUAAUAGCCUUUUUGUCCAUACUCGAAAAUGAGAAUUCCAUACGCGUUUGGGGUGGCGACAAUGACACCACAUCCGUGAUCACACAUAUCCUGCAGAAAUAUCACGAAGAGAAGCAUGUGCUGGGCAUCAAUCAAUUCUAUAGUAAUCGUCAAUAGUAUUAUAGUUACAAGAAACGACUGUGAGCAACCUUUAGGCAAAUAAACAGCAGCAGCAUAAGCAUAAAAAGCGCAUGCGCACAACAUACACAUCAUACCUUACCACACACAUACAUACGUACGUAAUACAUGCAUACAUCCACAAAAUAAAUUUUGUGUAUGACGUUGAAAAAAAGUGAAAAAUGUGAAUAAUGAAAAAGGCGAAUAAUUAAAAUUUACUAAUAUAUAAACUGGCAAACAGGUAAA